AUGCUCCUCCUCGACUACCAGAAUGUCCUCAUCCAAUCCCUGCUGACCGAACGCUUCUCCGGCGCCCCUCCCACCUCCAUUGACCAGGUCGUCUCGGACUUUGACGGCGUCGCAUUCCACAUCUCCACACCCACGAGCAAGACCCAGAUACUCAUUUCGCUCUCGAUCAAAUGCUACCGCGAGCUGCUGCAGUACGGGGCCGAGCAGGUCCUGCAGAGGGAGUAUGGGAACUACAUCACGGGCACGGAAGCAGGCUACGACUUUAGCAUUCUGGUCGACCUGGAGAAUCUGCCGCCGACGGCGGAGGAAAAGGAGGAGUUGGUGAGGCGGAUCAGUCUGCUCAAGAGGAACGUCAUGGCCGCGCCUUUCGAGAAGGCGUUUGACGAGUUCGCGCAGUUGGCCGACGAGGCGAGCAAAUAUACGUCCGAGUCGGCCCCGCAAGGCGUCAAGGAAGGAGGCGACGUGAUGUCGAUCCACUACCGCGAGGAAGAGGCCAUCUAUAUCAAAGCCAGCCACGAUCGGGUCACGGUCAUCUUUUCCACCAUGUUCACGGACGCCGUGGACAGGAUCUUCGCAAAGGUGUUUUUGCAGGAGUUUGUGGAUGCCAGACGGAGAGCCAUCCAGAAUGCGCCCCAGGUUCUAUUCCGGAGCGAUCCGCCGUUGGAGUUGCAAGGCUUGAGGGGUGUCGGGAAGACGGGCGAGAAGGGUGAAAUGGGCUUUAUUACAUUUGUGUUAUUCCCUCGUCACCUCACCCGCCAGCGACGGGACGAGGUCAUCUCCCACAUCCAGACCUUCCGCGACUACUUCCACUACCACAUCAAAGCCUCCAAGGCGUACAUCCAUUCGAGAAUGAGACGCCGGACGGCCGAUUUCUUGCAAGUCCUCAACCGUGCCAGACCAGAGACAGAGGAACGCGAAAGGAAAACUGCGAGUGGUCGGACUUUUAGAGUGCAAGGGUAG